AUGAAUCGCCAACCCGUCAUCUCGCCCAACUUCCACCACUACCCUGCGCAGCACUUCCAUGACCCGGCCCUUGCGUCGGUGUCGGCGCUGUCGUACAGGUCCUUCCAGCUCCCCCAUCGGACCGCGGAGCUUCCCGCCGGCUACAACCCAACACCACUGCCUCCGCGCCCGCCAGCCGCCAGGAUGAGCUACCAGCAGAUGGCCGCCGACGACGAGCUCGCCCAGCUGCAGAAGCUCUCCAACGAGUACCAGCCCGAGGCCACCGGCCCGCUCGUCGGGCCAAGACAAUCCACGGCCGCCAUCACGACCGAGUACGCAAACGGCGACCCCGUCUAUCGUGCGAAGACCCAGAACCUUCCCUACAAGUAUUCCCACUACCGAACGUGUCGCGGCGAUGGACACUGCGGGUGGAGAGCCGUGGCCUUUGGCUACUUCGAGGCCCUCCAGCGCGCUGGCGACCGCCACAAGUUCCUCGAGGAGCAGAGCCGCCUGCGGUCGCUCGCCAACCUGCUCAACCAAAUCGGCCUGCAGGCCGACGUCUAUGAAGACUUCGCCGAUGAGACUCUGGGUCUCCUUCGCAAAUUGGCCAACACUUCCGCCAGCGACGAUGCCCCGCUGCUCGACGCGUUCAAUGACAUGAUGGCGUCGAUGGGCAUCAUCACCCACCUCAAGGCAAGUCUGUUGACCAGUGCUUGGAUCCAAACCCAUCCGCAGGACUUUGAGCCAUUCCUCUUGGGUCAGGACUUGCAGCAGUACUGCCGGUCUCAUGUCGAGGCUGGAAACUGCGAGAUAGAGCACGUUACAUUGACCGCUCUUUUCCAGGUCUUGCUCAAGCCUGCUGGAUUUGCGCUCGAAAUCUUGUAUCUGGACCGCAGCGCAGGAGAAGAAGGCGAUAUGUACCACUUCGAGGCGACGACCCACGAUGGCGUCCCAAUCAUGGAUCCUCCGACCGUGAGAUUGCUUUAUCGGCCGGGCCACUACGAUAUCCUCUACAAGGCCGAGGAAAUCCAGCGCACUAUGGCACCUCAGAUGCCUACUCAGGUCGCUGUCAACCUUGCGCCCCACUUCAAUGAGGAUUACGUGCAUAUGAACAGGGAGUUCUCGGACGUACUAGCUUACAUUCCUGGCAUGGGGCCCCAGAGCUUCGCGCCUAGCUUAGGACAACCGUCGUACAUGUCUGAUCCAUUUGCAAGCUACGCGCCUACUCCAACCCAACCUCCACCACAGCCUACACCCCAAUUGUACUCGCCGCUACCAGUCCCUCACAGUCAGGAAUAUGUAGCCCCCAACGUAGCCCUCGAAACUGCUCCUCCCGUUGGCUUGGCAAUGCCCGGGACUGGCAAGGUCGAUCGUGGUUCCUUGUUCAGGCCAUCGGCAUAUGAGUUGAAACCGGACUUCAAUUCUGGCCCUACUCAUUCACCAACCUUUCAGACAUCUAUCUUCAAGAAGUAG